AUGUUUCCUGUUCUCCAGAGAACGACACAAGUUACCAACCAGCGACAUAGCACAAGUUUAACACUGAUUUGUGUCAAAAUGGCGUCGGUCAUGGGUGUGACGUGGAUUCUUGGUAUUGCGGCAAACGUCCACGCGUUAUCUUUCUUGUGGUACCCAUAUGUGGUUUUGAACAGCCUUCAAGGUAACUUUAAACGUUUUGACUUUUCACUCAAGUGGAAGAAAGUGUUACCGACUUUAAGAAAUCAGUUAAAAACAGGUACUUAAUAUCUUGUUCAAACUAAUUAGUUUCUCGAAAGUUAAAAUCUUGUAGCCGUCAGAACCCCAUAGGUUCUACAGAUUUUCUACCCCCCGCCCCCCACAAAAAAUAAAUGAAACGCGUUUCUAGGGAAUAAGUAUAAAUGUUAAUUUUAAGUAAAAUCUAAGAUGGCAGCCAUGAUGAGGGACAUUUUGAAAGUCCCCAAGGCGCCAUAUUUUCUCAAAAAUAUUAUCUAGCUGAGAGCUCCUCGAAGCCGCCCACGAUCUAUUAUAAGUUUUAAAUUUUUGUUAAUAGAGAGGUUAAGCUUUACGUUUACGUCAAACGGCAAACGCGAAUUUGUACCACGUGACAAAGUUUCUCAUUUACUUGUCGUUUACUUUUCAUUAUUUCAGAACAUAAAUUAGUAGUUUCACGCAAGUUUUUAUCCUUUAGAGUUGUUUUGGACAGUUUUUAUCGGCUCAUUUUUUUAUUUUGAGAAAUUCCCAACUUGACUGACGAGGGUAAAUUCACAUUCAUUGACUCUGUUCUUCGGAUUUUAUGUUACAGGUUUUUUCAUUUUCCUUUCCUUUGCUGCCAGUGGGAAGGCGCUGGAACUGUACAGAGAUAAACUGACCAUAUUAACGUAUCUCAAAGGACAAGAUGGAAAGAAAAGUAAAUCUGUCUCCAACAGCACCUUACAGUCUGUCUGCGCAUCUGACUCGAAACAUAGACCGGAUCGAUGUGAAAAUGAUACACGCUUGUAA